CAUUCCUCUGGUCCUUUUCCACUAAAUUUGGGCUCUUUGAGGACCAAUGAAGUUGUUCCCUCCCUACAUUCUCAGAAAAAAGAAAACCCUGAGUUUUCGUCACCUCCCAUUUCCACCACAGCAGAUGCUCGAAUGUCUCACAUCAGCCAAGGAUCGUUGCAGCUCAGCUUCAUGUGGUGGAGUCUCAGAGCAGGACGUGUUUGGUAUGUCCUGCCUCUCCCCCAUAUCUGCUGUAGAUCUACCCUGCUGUUUGACCCGAUCCGUUUCUUUAAGCUGUGUGUUCUUCAAAUACAGAUGAUCUAGUAAAGUCUAUUUUCUUUGCUAUGUUAACAGCUCCACUAUUAACCAAAAGGAGUAGAGCCCUGCCAACCUUGACAAACAGGGACUAAAACUCCUCAGCGUGUGUAACCCUGUGUAUCCGACAUGGGAAAAGUCUACUAUGUCAGUAAAAACAUUGGCCUUGGAUUGCUGGUCCUGGUUAUCAGCGCACUGGUUACAAUAAUAGCUCUAUCCAUUGCCUAUGACAAGGAAAGGGCCAAGAAUCAAGGUCAGCCUGGACACAGAGCGUCAGAUGGCAGCAGCACAUCUCCCCCCUUCACAACCCCCUUCACACCCAAAGAACCUUGGGAUUAUUACAGACUUCCAAAGUCACUCAUCCCGGAAUCUUACCAAGUGACCCUGUGGCCCCAGCUGCAGCCCAACGCAGACGGGAUGUACGUCUUCACUGGAUAUUCAUCUGUGAUCUUCAGAUGUGUGAAGGAAACCGACCUGAUCAUUAUCCACAGCAAGAAGCUGAACUUCACCACCGUCCUCGGGAACCACAUUAUACUGAUGGGCCUGGGCGGAGUCACUCCGCCUGCCAUACGCAGGACGUGGCUCGUGGAGAGGACGGAGUAUCUGGUCGUUCAGCUGCGCUGGAAACUCACCGUGGGAGCAUCCUACAAGCUUCACUCUAAGUUUACAGGGGAGCUGGCAGAUGACCUGCAGGGGUUCUACAGGAGUGAAUACACGGACAAUGGAGUAAAGAAAGUUCUUGCUACCUCUCAGAUGCAAGCGACGUUUGCCAGGAAAGCCUUUCCUUGCUUUGAUGAACCGGCCAUGAAAGCCACCUUCAAUGUCACCCUCAUCCACGACCGAGGCACGGUGGCUCUGUCCAACAGCAAGGAAAAAGAUUAUUCAGACACUGUCAAGGAUGGCGUUCCUGUCAGAGUGACAACAUUUGAGCCCACUAAGACCAUGUCCACAUAUCUGUUGGCAUUUCUCGUCAGUGAAUUCAUUUCCAUUCAGUCAAGCCAAAAUCAUUUACUGAUUCGAAUUUGGGCUCAAAGAAAGGCCAUAGCUGACGGGCAGGGUGAAUACGCUCUUAAUGUGACGGGGCCAAUCCUUCAGUUCUAUGGGAAAUACUACAAUGUAUCUUACCCGCUCUCAAAGUCAGAUCAGGUUGCGCUGCCUGAUUUUAAUUCUGGAGCGAUGGAGAACUGGGGUCUGGUGAUGUACAGGGAGACAGGCCUGCUGUAUGACCCCACGCUGUCCUCCACUGGAAACAAAGAAAGGAUUGUAACAAUAAUCUCCCAUGAACUUGCACACAUGUGGUUUGGAAACCUGGUGACUUUGCAAUGGUGGAAUGAUUUAUGGCUGAACGAGGGUUUCGCCUCAUAUGUGGAGUACCUCGGAGCUGACUACGCUGAGCCCACCUGGAACAUGAAAGACUACAUCCUUUUAUAUGACAUGCAGAGGGCAUUUGCUGUGGACGCACUGGCCUCCUCUCACCCUCUGUCCCGCAAAGAAGAGGAAGUCAAUGAGCCUUCGGAGAUCAACGAGAUGUUCAACACAAUUUCCUACAGCAAGGGUGCCGCGGUGCUCAGGAUGCUGUCAGAGUUUCUCACUGAGCCUGUCUUCGCCAAAGGAAUCAGUUCAUACCUCAACACAUUUGCCUUUAACAACACAGUGUAUGAAGACCUGUGGAACCAUCUUCAAAAGGUGGUAGAUAAAACACCAGGACUGCAUGUUCCAUACUCUGUUCAUGAGAUCAUGAACCGCUGGACUCUUCAGAUGGGCUUCCCAGUGGUCACCAUUGACACCCAAACAGGAACUGUCUCGCAGAAGCACUUCCUUUUGGACCCAAGCUCUGUGGUCGAAAGGCCAUCUCCGUUCAAUUAUACAUGGUUUAUCCCAAUUAAAUGGAUGAAAAACGGCCUGGAUCAGCAACAGUAUUGGCUUCUUAAAAAGACAGAUGUUCACAGUUCCAUGAGAGUUUCAGGAGAGGGCUGGGUGCUGGCGAACACAAACGUAUCCGGAUACUUCAGGGUGAACUACGAUGCCAACAACUGGGCUCGUCUUUUGUCUCUGCUCAACACCGACCACAAGGCCUUACCAGUCAUGAACCGAGCACAGAUCAUAGACGAUGCGUUCAAUCUGGCGAGAGCACAAAUAAUCAGUACAACACUGGCUUUAAAAACAACCAAGUACUUGUCCAAAGAAAGAGAUUACAUCCCCUGGCAGUCAGCUCUGAAAAACCUCGGCUACUACAUCCUUAUGUUUGAGCGCACUGAGGUCUACGGACCUCUACAGGCAUACCUCAAAAAGCAAAUCAAACCACUCUUUGAAUACUUCAAGACGAUAACAUCUGACUGGACCAAAGUACCUGCUGGACACAGUGACCAGUAUAAUCAGAUCGAUGCUAUUGGGAUAGCAUGCGGUGUGGGUGUGGAGGGCUGCAGGGAACUGAUCCAAGGCUGGUACAAACAGUGGAUGGAAAAYCCAAAUCAAAACCCGAUCCAUCCCAACUUGAAAAGCACAGUUUACUGCAAGGCCAUAGCCUUUGGUGGGGCAGAAGAGUGGGACUUCGCUUGGAGAAUGUUUGAAAAUGCGUCUCUGGCAUCUGAAGCUUCCAAGCUUCGGUCAGCCAUGGCAUGCACCAAAAUUCCUUGGCUCUUGAACAGGUAUCUAGAGUACACACUUGACCCAGCUAAGAUCCGGAAGCAAGAUGCCACUUCCACCAUCCAGUACAUUGCUGGAAAUGUAAUUGGGUUGCCACUGGCUUGGAACUUUGUCAGAGAAAGAUGGAGUUACAUCUCCCAACAGUACGGAAGAGGAUUAUUUGCAUUUCAUAACCUCGUCAACGGAAUCACAAUGAGAUUUUCCACCGAGUUUGAGUUGCAGGAGUUGAAGGAAUUCAAAGAACACCACCAYGCUGGCUUCGGCUCAGCCACUUUGGCAAUGGAGCAGGCCAUCGAAAAGACCACAGCAAACAUAAAAUGGGUGACAGAAAAUAAAGCUGAGGUGCUUAAGUGGUUUACUGAGGAGACCACAUGAGGUCCCAGAAACUGAAGAUGAUGUUUUGCUUUUGAACUCUUUGUAAUGAAUKACAUGCAAUGUGAUGAACAAGAACAGCAAGAUCUGUGGAAAACACUUUUCAAACAGCUGUGACCCAAUGACAGAAUCACUUUUAAAAAAUGCAUUUAACGUUCUGUUCCUGUCUUUUUGCUUUACUUUUUUUUGUAUGCAACUCAUGAUGUACUAUAAACUCCAUGAGUCAGA